GGAAAACUUAGGAGUGCUAAAGCAAACUAUGAUAACAUAAAAAGGAUUGUCUGUGACAAGAAAAAUCCCAGAUUCUCCGCUAACUGUAAAUAAUGUGGUUUCUAAAACGAGGCUGGUGGCUACAACUAUUGCAGUUCAUCGCUGUGCUGGGAUCAUUAUGGAUGCUUUCCCUACUUAUUCCACUGAAAACAGCUAGACGUCCUGCCUACAUCCUCAGGUAUCAAUGGCUAGAAUACACCAAUAAUGAUGAGAGCCCAGAGAAAGUUUGCAACUGCACAGGGAUCCUGCAGGGAGAGAAGGAGGCAUUACUGAAAGCAAAAUUACUGACCAUCACCAAAGACUUCCAGAAGAUUAUUCAGAUCCCUGAUGAGUAUUAUAUAAAUGCAACCCAAGACUGCAGGAAAUUCCAAACAAGCAGGAAAUACAUAACAUUCCCAUUAAGCAAGGAAGAAGAGGAGUUUCCUCUGGCUUACUCUAUGGUUGUACAUCACAAGGUGCAGAACUUUGAGCGACUACUGCGAGCUAUCUACACACCUCAAAAUAUUUAUUGUGUCCAUGUAGACAAAAAAGCGCCAGCCUCAGUCUUUGCUGCCAUCAAGGCCAUUACUUCCUGUUUCCCAAAUGUGUUCAUGGUCAGCAAGGCUGUGAAUGUGGUCUACGCUGGAUGGACACGUGUACAGGCUGAUCUUAACUGCAUGGCUGAUCUCUAUAACACCAGUACGACAUGGAAAUACUUCAUCAACCUCUGUGGUCAGGAUUUCCCUCUAAAAACUAACUUGGAAAUUGUGAAAUCUUUGCGUUCACUAAAAGGAGGUAACAGUUUGGAGUCGGAGGAAAUGCCUCAAGGAAAGAAAAAGCGGGUGACAAAUGCUUACCAAGUAGUUGGUGGAAAAGCCCAGCGAACAGGAAAAACAAAGGAUCCAACUCCCUUCAAUCUGCCCAUCCUAUCAGGAAAUGCCUACAUUGUGGUCAACCGAGGUUAUGUUCGCAGUGUUUUGGAAGACAAGCGAAUACAGGCCCUCAUUGAGUGGGCCAAAGACACCUACAGUCCUGAUGAGUUUCUGUGGGCAACAAUACAGCGAAUACCUGGUGUUCCUGGCUCAACGUGGCCCAACCGUAAAUUUGACAUGACAGACAUCAACGCCAUUGCACGGAUGGUGAAGUGGCAGUGGCACGAGGGGUCAGAGGAUUCUGUGCAAGCAGUAUACCCAGAAUGUAAAGGCCACCAUGUCAGAUCAAUAUGUGUGUAUGGUGCUGGAGACCUGCAGUGGUUGAUUGAACAGCAUCACCUUUUUGCCAAUAAGUUUGAUGCAGACAGAGAUCCCAUUGCUAUCUACUGCUUGGAGAAAUAUCUGAGACACAAGGCACUGAUAGAGUUAGUUUAGGUGGAGAGUUAAUUAUCUACUAUAAAAGACAAUUCUAAUAGAUAAUAAAACUAUGAAUAAAUGAAGAAAUGUUACUAAUCUAGCAUGGCAUGUGAAAGCUUCAUAACCCAAUGGAAAAACUCCUUGUGGCUUGCAUAGAUACAAAUACGAAAUAUUAUUAGUUUCGAAAUAUUCUGUUUAAUUAAAUUCAAUUUUGUUUACAUGGCCUUAAAUCACAGUAACGGUUGCCAAUAUUAUAGAAACAACCCCAACAAUCAGACGACACCCUAAGAACGAGCACAUGGCAACAUUUUUAACAGGAAGAAAGCGAAACAGCCUUAGGGAGGGGUGGCCAACAGCUACAUCUGGUUAGGGUGUGAAAGGAAAUAGAGACAGAGACAGAGAAUGAGUACCAUGCAAGCCAUAAAGAAAGAUGUACAAAUAAAUAAAAGCAAUAUGGUCUAACCCUAAUGACUCCUCAGGACUACCAAAGAAUAACUGUCUUGCGAACACACACACACACACACGUGUUCAGUACUAGCACACUUCUCUGAUUUUGGGUGUGUGUUUCAGAGUAAUUUCAAACUAAAAGCAUUACAAACAACUUCUGUUACAUAACAAUGCAGCUCUGCUACUUUAUUCUCACAGUGACAUAAGGGGUGACAACAUUGUAAACACUUAAUAUAAAUAUUGACUGAGGGUUAGGGAGUGCAACAUAAUGUGAAACGUUGCUGUAUAAUGAGUGACCCACACCUUCAAAAUUUCACACCGGUGUGGUCAAAGCAUUUGGAUGUUCAAACACAAAUGUAAGACAGCACACAAGAUUUAAUAUAACAAAACACAUCACCAAAUAACAUACUGAAUUGAUUUUGUUUAUUAAUUUCUGUAUUACAUGUAUAAAGACAAAUACUUCAUCUAUAUUGACAUGA